AUUCAAUGCUUGCUCAAUUUGAUUCUGGACCGGUCCACACACUUUUUAUUUCAAUUUAUCUGCUUUCAUUUUUCUGUCAGAAUUUUGGAUUCUUGUUUGAUUGUUUUUUUUGUUUAGAAUAUUUUUUGACAACCUGAUUAAGAAUUAGAAUCCGAUCAAGAUGGCUGAUGCUGCUGCCCGAUCGCAGCAAUUUGAUUAUCGAGCCAAUUCUAAUUUGGUUCUUCAAGCUGAUACUCGUCUCAUUGAACGUCGACCACGAGAUGAAGCAACGGGUGAAGUUGUUUCAUUGGUUGGUAAAUUGACUACGAUUAAAAUGGGUGAUCGUUAUCAACGUACUAAACCACAAGUCGAAGGUAAAAAACCAACGAAAAAAUCAUCGCAUCAUCAUUCAGAUGGUAGUAUGAUGAAAAUGAAAAAAUCAUUAUUGUCCGAAGAUAUAACCGAAUCGAUGGGUAUCCUAUAUCAUCCAAAAACACCCGAAACACGUGAAACAUAUGAAUUAAUAUUGGCAUUCAUAUCAGAAAUGCUUGGUGAUCAACCAAGAGAUGUUCUUUGUGGUGCUGCUGAUGAAAUUCUUCAAGUAAUGAAAGCAGAUAAAACUAAAGAAAAAGAAAAGAAAAAAGAAUGUGAAGCAUUAUUAGGUUCAUUGGCAACGGAAAAAUUUUCCAUAUUGUCCGGUCUUUGUCGAAAAAUAACCGAUUUUAAUUUUGAUGAUGAUCAAAAUAAUCAUGCAAAUGGUGAUGGUAAUCUUGACGAUACAUAUGGAGUCAAUGUACAAUUUGAAGAAUCGGAUGAAGAAGAAUUUGAAGGUAUGACUAAUGAAAUUCGUGACGAUGAAGAUGAUGAAGACGAAGGUGAAGAAGCAGCCAUAGAUACAGCUAUUAAAGCUGCAUCAAAUACAGCCGCUGCUACCUCUUCUGGUUCUGGUUCAGCUACGAAUUCAACCAAUGAACCAGUAACUAAACUACGUAAAGGUAAAGAUAUAAAGAUUCAUCCAAGAGAAAUCGAUGCCUAUUGGUUACAACGUAAACUUAGUAAAUAUUUUGAUGAUCCGGUUGCUGCACAAUCAAAAGCAGCUGAAGUGUUGAAAAUUUUGAAAACAGCACGUGAUGAUCAUGAAGUAGAAAUACAGCUUAUUGUUUUGCUUGGUUUUGAUCUUUUUGAUUUUAUCAAACUUUUACGUCAUAAUAGACAAAUGAUCUUAUUCUGUACAUUAUUGGCUCAAGCACAACGUCAAUCCGAAAAAGCUAAAAUUAUUGAAAAAAUGAAAAGCGAUCCAGAAUUGAUGGAAAUAUUGAAAAAACUUGAAACAAGUCAAACAGAUGCAUCAACAUCAUCAUCGUUAGAUCCAUCAAAAGAUUCAUCAACAUCUAAAACGGCUGCUGAAGAUGAAGAAGAUAAUAUUUUUUCAAAUAAAGUAAAAUUAUUAGAUCUUGAAGAUCUUAGCUUUCAACAAGGAUCACAUUUUAUGGCAAAUAAAAGAUGUCAAUUACCUGAAGGUAGUUAUCGUCAACAACGUAAAGGAUGUGAAAUAAUUCAUGUACCAGCAUUAAAACCAAAACCAUUUGAUCCGAAUGAAACAUUAAUACAUAUAAAUAAAUUACCACGUUAUGUUCAAUCAGCAUUUGAUGGUUAUAAAACAUUGAAUCGUAUUCAAUCAAGAUUGGCACCAACAUUAUUGGAAACUGAUGAAAAUUUAUUAGUCUGUGCUCCUACCGGUGCCGGUAAAACUAAUGUUGCACUUUUAACAAUGAUGCGUGAAAUUGGUAAACAUAUUGAUCCAACUACCGGCCUAAUCAAUACGGAUGAAUUUAAAAUUAUUUACAUUGCACCGAUGAAAUCAUUGGUACAAGAAAUGGUUGCCAAUUUUUCUAAACGUUUAUCCAGUUAUAAUAUUAAAGUUAGUGAAUUAACUGGUGAUCAUCAAUUAAGUACUGAACAAAUUGUACAAACACAAAUUAUUGUAUGUACACCGGAAAAAUGGGAUGUUAUUACACGUAAAGGUGGUGAACGAUCAUAUACACAGAUUGUACGGCUAAUUAUUUUCGAUGAAAUUCAUUUAUUACAUGAUGAACGUGGACCAAUUCUUGAAUGUCUUGUUGCACGUAUGAUACGUUCGAUUGAAACAACACAAGAAGAUAUACGUUUAGUUGGUCUAUCAGCUACAUUACCUAAUUAUGAAGAUGUUGCAACAUUUCUUCGUGUUGAUCUAAAAAAAGGUCUAUUUUAUUUUGAUAAUAGUUUUCGACCAGUUCCAUUGGAACAACAAUAUAUUGGUAUUACCGAAAAGAAAGCGGUAAAACGUUUUCAAUUAAUGAAUGAAUUACUUUAUGAAAAAACUUUGGAACAUGCUGGUCGUAAUCAAUUAUUGAUUUUUGUUCAUUCACGUAAAGAAACUGGAAAAACAGCUCGUGCAGUACGUGAUAUGUGUCUUGAAAAUGAUACACUUGGAAUGUUUUUGAAAGAAAAUUCAGCAUCAACUGAAGUUUUAAGAUCUGAAGCUGAACAGGUUAAAAAUCUUGAAUUAAAAGAUCUACUUACAUAUGGUUUUGCUAUUCAUCAUGCCGGUAUGACACGUGUUGAUCGUACAUUGGUUGAAGAUUUAUUUGCUGAUCGUCAUAUACAGGUAUUAGUUUCAACAGCAACAUUAGCCUGGGGUGUCAAUUUACCUGCACAUACUGUCAUCAUCAAAGGUACACAAGUUUAUAAUCCAGAAAAAGGUCGUUGGGUUGAAUUGGGUGCAUUGGAUGUUAUGCAAAUGCUUGGUCGUGCUGGUCGUCCACAAUAUGAUACAUUGGGUGAAGGAAUUCUAAUCACCCAGCAUUCUGAAUUACAAUAUUAUCUAUCAUUAUUGAAUCAACAAUUACCUAUUGAAUCACAAUUAAUAUCAAAAUUACCUGAUUUAUUGAAUGCUGAAAUUGUAUUGGGUAAUAUUCAAAAUGUUAAAGAUGCUGUUAAUUGGUUAGGCUAUACAUAUCUUUAUGUACGAAUGUUACGUAAUCCAACUUUAUAUGGUAUUUCGUAUGAUAUAUUACAAGAAGAUCCAACAUUAGAACAACAUCGUACAAAUCUUAUCUAUACAGCUGCUUCAGUAUUGGAUAAAUGUAAUCUAAUAAGAUUUGAUCGUAAAUCUGGCCAUAUUCAAGGAACAGAAUUAGGUCGAAUUGCAUCACAUUAUUAUUGUUCAACUGAAACAAUGUCAAUUUAUAAUCAAUUUUUGAAACCAACAUUAUCCGAAAUUGAAUUGUUUCGUGUAUUUUCAUUAUCGGCUGAAUUUAAAAAUAUUACAAUUCGUGAAGAAGAAAAAUUAGAAUUACAAAAAUUAAUGGAACGUGUACCGAUACCGAUAAAAGAAUCGAUUGAAGAACCAUCAGCUAAAGUAAAUGUAUUAUUACAGGCUUAUAUAUCACAAUUAAAACUUGAAGGUUUAGCAUUAAUGUCCGAUAUGGUUUAUGUAACACAAUCAGCUGCACGAUUAAUACGUGCUAUAUUUGAAAUUGUUUUAUUUAGUGGUUGGGCCGAAAUGGCAGAUAAAACAUUAUCAUUAUGUAAAAUGAUUGAUCGACGUAUGUGGCAAUCAUUAUCACCAUUACGACAAUUUAAACGAAUACCGGAAGAAGUGAUUAAAAAACUGGAGAAAAAAGGUUUUCCAUUCGAACGACUUUUUGAUCUUGGACCAAAUGAAAUUGGUGAAUUGUUACGUUUACCAAAAAUGGGAAAAUUAGUACAUAAAUAUAUACAUAUGUUUCCAAAACUUGAACUAUCAGCUCAUAUUCAACCGAUUACACGAUCAACAUUAAAAGUUGAACUAACUAUUCAACCGGAUUUUCAUUGGGAUGAACGUGUUCAUGGAAAUUCACAAGCAUUCUGGAUUAUUGUCGAAGAUGUUGAUAGUGAAGUUAUAUUACAUCAUGAAUAUUUUUUACUCAAACAAAAAUAUGCACAAGAUGAACAUAUUGUUAAAUUUUUUAUACCAAUAUUUGAUCCGUUACCACCACAAUAUUUUAUACGUGUAACAUCGGAUCGAUGGAUUGGUGCCGAAACCGUUUUUCCUGUAUCGUUUCGUCAUUUAAUUUUACCGGAAAAAUUUACACCACCAACCGAAUUAUUGGAUCUACAACCAUUACCAUUAUCAGCAUUUCGUAAUGUUCAAUUUGAACGUCUUUAUAAAAAUGAUUUUCAAUCAUUCAAUUCGAUACAAACACAAGUAUUUAAUUCAUUAUAUAAUACAAAUGAUAAUGUAUUUAUUGGUGCACCGAAUAAUAGUGGAAAAACUGUUUGUGCUGAAAUAGCUAUUCUACGUUUGUUUAUGGUUGUAAAAGAUGCUAAAUGUGUAUACGUUACACCUAAACAACAAUUAGCACAGAUAAUUUAUUCACAAUGGAGCAGAAAAUUUGCACCAUUAGAAAAAUCGGUUGUUCUUCUUACUGGCGAAACAACUGUAGAUCAAAAAUUAUUAGCUAAAGGAGAUGUUAUUGUAACGACACAUGAAAAAUGGGAUCUAUUAUCAAGACGAUGGAAAAAAAGUAAACAUGUACAGAAUGUUAAUCUAUUCAUUGCAGAUGAUCUACAACUUUUAGGUGGUCAAGAUGGUCCUGUAUAUGAAAUUAUUUGUUCACGUAUACGUUAUAUGUCAUCACAGAUUGAAAAAUCUAUACGUAUUGUAGCAUUAUCAUCACCGAUUGCUAAUGCUAAAGAUAUUGCCCAAUGGUUAGGUUGUAGUCAUGGUCAUACGUUUAAUUUUCAUCCAAGUGUUCGACCAUUACCAUUGGAAAUUAAUAUUCGUGGUUUUAAUCAAACACAUAAUGCAACACGUUUGUUAACAAUGUCUAAACCUAUCUAUCAAACGGUUUUAAGUCGAUCAUCGGAAAAAUCCGUAUUGAUAUUUGUUCCAUCUCGACGGCAAGCACGUUUAACAGCAAUCGAUAUGCUUACCUAUGCUGCAGCCGAUGCUCAACCAAAUCGAUUUUUACAUUGUGAAGAAGAUGAUAUGAAUUUUCAGAAAUUUCUUAAAGAAAUAUCCGAUCCAACAUUGCGUGAAACUAUUUCGAAUGGUGUUGCAUAUUUACAUGAAGGCACCACUACAAAAGAUCGACGAAUCAUUGAAACAUUAUUCGAAGCUGGAGCCAUUCAAAUUAUUGUCAUAUCGGCCAAUCUUUGUUGGGCUACAACAUUAUCGGCAUAUCUUGUAUUGAUAAUGGAUACACAAUUUUUUAAUGGCCGUAUUCAUUCAUAUGAAGAUUAUCCUAUAUCGGAUGUUAUACAAAUGGUUGGCCAUUCUGGUCGUUCAAUGCGUGAUGAUGGUUCAAAAUGUGUAAUUUUUUGUCAAAGUACAAAGAAAGAAUUUUUCAAAAAAUUUCUUCUUGAACCAUUACCAAUUGAAUCACAUUUAGAUCAUUCAUUACAUGAUCAUUUUAAUGCUGAAAUUGUUACACGUACAAUUGAAAAUAAACAAGAUGCAGUGGAUUAUCUUACAUGGACAUUUCUUUAUCGUCGUAUGUCGAAAAAUCCAAAUUAUUAUAAUCUAACUGGAUUAACACAUCGUCAUCUAUCGGAUCAUCUUUCUGAAUUAGUUGAAAAUACAUUAAAAGAUUUGGAAGAUUCAAAAUGUAUUGCCAUUGAAAAUGAUAUCGAUUUAAGUCCAUUGAAUUUUGGAAUGAUUGCUGCUUAUUAUUAUAUACAUUAUUCGACAAUUGAAUUGUUUAGUUUAUCAUUGAAUGCUAAAACAAAAAUUCGUAAUCUAAUCGAAAUUAUUAGCAGUGCAUCUGAAUAUGAAAAUAUACCGAUAAGACAUCGUGAAGAUGGUAUUCUUCAACAAUUACAUUCAAAAGUACCGAAUAAAAUACCACAAGCAAAAAUGUCUGAUCCACAUACGAAAGCGAAUCUAUUGAUUCAGGCUCAUCUAUCUCGAAUAUCAUUGUCGGCCGAAUUACAACAAGAUUCUGAAGAAAUUAUAUUGAAAACUAUUCGCCUAAUACAAGCUUGUGUUGAUGUUAUCAGUUCGAAUGGAUGGUUAACACCGGCUAUUGCUGCUAUGGAAUUAGCACAAAUGAUUACACAGGCAAUGUGGAAUAAAGAUUCUGUAUUAAGACAAUUACCACAUUUUACAUCGGAUAUUAUUGAACGUUGUACAAAACAUGAUAUCAAUACUAUAUUUGAUCUUAUGGAUAUGGAUGAUGAUGAUCGAAUUAAAUUAUUAAAAUUGGAUGAUAAUAAAUUGAUGGAUGUAGCAAGAUUUUGUAAUCGUUAUCCAAAUAUAUCGCUUGAACAUGAAAUAUUGGAUAAAGAUUCUAUUGAAAGUGAUUCAACAGUAAAUGUUAUGGUCUAUCUUGAACGUGAAGAUGAUAUGGUGGGUCCGGUGAUUGCACCAUUCUUUCCACAGAAACGUGAAGAAGGAUGGUGGGUAGUGAUUGGCGAUACUAAAACAAACACAUUAAUAUCGAUCAAACGAAUAUCGUUGCAGAAAAAAGCCAAAGUUAAAUUAGAUUUUGAAGCACCGGCAUCUGGUCGUUAUAAUUAUAUGCUUUAUUUUAUGUGUGAUUGUUAUAUGGGUUGUGAUCAGGAAUAUAAAUUUGAAUUGAAUGUUCGUGAACAAGCAAAAUCUGGCCGAAAACGUAAAGCAUCCGAAGAUGGUGAUGGUGAUAAUCAAUAAAGAAA